GUCAGUGUUGUUUUUGUGACAGCUGAAAUAGGUUGUUAGUUGGUUUAUUGUGUUUUGCGUUGGUGGUGUUUUCUGCAAGUGGAUUUUUUUACACAUCAGGAAAGCAAAUAAUUUAUUGCGUGCAAGUUGUGAAAAUUACAGUACUCCUUUGAGUAAUUGCUUCUUUUUAUUACACCCCUACGUUGUAAUAAUAAAUUAAAUGCAUUUUGUAUGAAUUCGCAAGUAGCAGAAAAUAAACUUGUGUACGGAUUUACAAGUUUAUAAUUGAAUGAAAAUGUGCGCGCUUUGUUGCAAUUGUAAAAUGUAAAAUAAAAACAAAAAUUAGUGAAUUAUUACGAGAUUUACGUUGGCUGUGCAGCAGCAGUCGGUGGUUGGUACAUAGCGGUGUACAAGCAAGCAGCGUAUGCAAUUGCAGUUGACGUUGACUGUGUUGCACCAGCUGAAGUUAUUGUUUGUUAAAUAUACUUCGCUAAAAUAAAAAAAAGCGUGUGUGCUACUUCUCACUAAAAAAUAAAAAAUAAAAAAAUCUUGCAAAAAAAAGGUUCAUAAGUGCGUACAUAUGUAUGUGCAAGCAAUUUCAGGUGUGCUAAUAAGUGAAAUAUCUAAUUAUACAUUUUUGUUAAAAAAAACUACGACAUGGUGAUAAAUAACCAAUAAGCCUUUGGCAGAAUUAAAGUUAAUAUGCUGGUAUAUAGAGCGUAAAAAAGAUAACUAAUGGAAUUUUUAACUAUUUAUUGCGAAUUUGAUAGAUCAGUGUGCAAUUAAAUAUUUUCUCAGGAAAGAGCUAAGACGAAAUUCUGCUCUCACAGCAACAACAACAAUAAGAAAACACACAAUCCGAGUAGAACCCAAAAAAAAUGUCCUGAAUAGGUGUUGUUAGGUGGUAGUAUGGUGAAAUCUACGCGCAGUGCUGUAGUGAAGCAAAAAAGCAAAGAAACAAGAAUUGCGCUAGCAGCAAGCAGUCAACGUGCGGCGAAAAAGCAAAAAUAAAAAAGUAGUUGAAGGUUAUUUAAAAUAUUCUGCUUUUAUUGCUUUAUACAUACAUCUCUUCCCCUUCCCGUACUGCGCAGGCGAACAAAUCUAAACAAAGAAACAAGUAUUAAGAACAGUGGAAAGUAAAGAAGUGAAGAACCAGAGCGACCGAUACGUUCAUGUGUCCAACAAUCGUUUACAAAUGUAUAGUUGUUGUUGUUAUUGUUGGUCGUUCUUUAUUUCAUAUUUCAUUGUGUCCUCUCAAUGCAGUGUAAACAAAAAAUCAAGUGUCAUCCGCCAAGCGCCAAGUUUUGUUCGAAAACAACAACGACAACAACAAUAACGAAGUGCUAUAGUAGCAAAGGCAAAUCAGUGCUACUUUAGUUGGUCGAGCAUGUGUACAAGGGAGUGCGCUAUAGUGUGUAUUGAAAAGUGGAAAGUAACGUUGCAUACAUGUGUGUGUUUUAGCGGAGAGUGAGUGAGUGGUUCCAAUAAGAAAUAAGGACAGUAUUCGCACGGCAGACGCACAAGCAAGUAUUUACAUAUUUAGUGAAUUAGUAUAAAAAUUAGUAAUUUAUUACUAUUUAAUGUGCAGUAAUAUUUCCAUAAAAUAAAUAAUGCAAUUUUUAUAACGAAAAUAAUUAAACCAAGUUGUAAUUACAAACAAUUUAACGCACACAAGUGUACGUAAGCGGCGCAGUAGGCAGCGCAAAACGUCGCAGCAGCAGCAGCGAACCCACGUAUGUGCAAUCGCAAGUGAGAGAGCGAGAGAGAGUGUGUGUGUACGAAACAAUACUAGCGUCCAGUGUACGCAGUUGUAGAAAGCGAACGAGAGCUGCAGCGUAUGUAAAGCAGAGAAAUACGUAGCAAAGCGUUGGACGAUUGGAAAAAAUGUAAAGCAAAGCAAUGCAAAUGUCAAUAAACUCUAUAAAGGGGAAUAUUUAUUCAACAUGGGACUACAUCAACGACAUCUAUCGAACUUCUACAAAUUGCACGAGCACACCUUGAAACAAGAAAGAAUUUUAUAAAAAAGCAUAGUCAAAUAACUGUCUAUAAAAUCAAAAAUAACGGAUUAGCGCAUAAGCUCGACUUAUUUUUCCACAAAAAGUAAAAGACAACGCACAAUUUUUAAUUAUAAGUAAUAAUGUCCUCCACUAAGGCAGAGAGCGCCGCUGGCGCCAAUCCCACAUUGGCGGCAUUUGGCUCAACGCUGGCCGGGAGUGCAUUCCAGCUGCCCGUGAAUAUGCAUAACCAUGCACAACUUGCUACGAAUGGCAGUAACGUACACAGUACGAAUGGCACAACUACAACCACCACAACAACAACAACGCGCAACAAUAUCUCCGUUACGAAUAUCAAAUGCGAAAUGGAUGAGGGUGUUGUGGCAACACUAAUGCCCAACGGCAACAAUAUAGUGCCUGUCAUCGCCACAACGGGCGCUGCUAGCUAUUAUAACGGUGCUAGCAGCGGUGGCUUGGGUAUACGCAUACCAGUGACGAAAGCAGAAGAUUCUGAUUCUGAAGCUGAGUUGACGAAUAUUGAAAAUUUAAAAGUGACGCGACGAGCGCACAACAAUGCCGACAGCAGCAGUGGCACAAUGAGCACGGGGGGUGUGGUCAGUAUUGGCGGCAACGGUAACGCCAAUGGAAAUCACAAUAAGAAUGGGCCGCGACCCAUGUCAUGGGAGGGUGAACUCUCUGAAACGGAGACGACUGAAACGGAACUCAUGGAGACGGAGAACUCUUUGAGUAACAGUGGCGUGGCGACACACAAUUUCAACGCAACAAGCAUAGGUGUGGCGGUGAUUAAGAAGGAGGCGACCACAACAACGCCAGGACACACAUUGGCGCCAACGCCUACGCAUCCCCUAAAGCCCGAGCAAAUGGAACAGGUUUCCGUUGAAGUGCAUGGUGGCGCAUUAGCUGGUCUGGGUUCCACACUGCGCAGCGGUUUAGGCAGCAGCAGUAGCGCGGGUAGUCUUUAUUCCGCCACACAUACAAAGCUGGCGCCCACACAAAGUGAUCCCAUCAAUUUGAAGUAUGAACCCGAUGCUGCUGCUGCUGCAGGUUUAAUGCCUACUGGAGCUAAUGUUAAUUCGCCGCUUUUGACACGCAACAAGUCUGCUACAUUGCCCCUGCCUGCCAAUCCCAGCCCCGAUUCUGCCAUACAUUCCGUCUAUACGCACAGCUCACCGUCGCAGUCACCGUUGACCUCGCGUCAUGCGCCCUACACACCUUCGCUCAGUCGCAACAAUAGCGAUGCAUCGCAUAGCUCUUGCUACUCCUACAGCUCAGAGUUCAGCCCGACACAUUCACCCAUACAGGGUAGACAUGCGCCACCGGCGCCAGCACUCUAUGGCAACUUCAAUGGUUCGUUGCAUCAUUCGGUGAUCUAUCGGCCCAUCUCGGUAUCGGAUAGCGCUGCCAGUGGUGUGACUGGUAACGGUAAUGCCGGCGGUAACUGCAGUGCAGAAGCGCAAAAUCUUAGCAUGGACACAAAGGUUUCACCACUGAAUAUCGGUCUGGAAGGUUUGCCAGCUUCACCGGCUGGUAUUUCACGUCAGCAGCUCAUCAAUUCGCCGUGUCCGAUUUGUGGCGAUAAAAUCUCCGGCUUCCAUUAUGGUAUUUUCUCGUGCGAAUCUUGUAAGGGCUUCUUUAAGCGUACCGUACAGAAUCGAAAAAACUAUGUGUGUGUACGUGGCGGUCCGUGUCCAGUUAGUAUUUCGACGCGUAAAAAAUGUCCCGCCUGUCGUUUUGAGAAAUGCCUGCAGAAGGGCAUGAAGCUCGAGGCAAUACGUGAGGAUCGUACGCGUGGCGGACGUUCUACAUACCAGUGCUCAUAUACACUGCCCAACUCGAUGCUGAGUCCGUUAAUGAGUCCGGAGCAGCAGGGUGUGGCGGCGGCGGUUGCAGCAGCUGCAGCGGCUGCUGCUAAUCAGCAACAACAACAGCAUGGGCGAUUGGGUGCGCAAAUGGCUCAUUCAAUGUGCGCACAACAACAACAUCAUACGUUGAACGGGCUGUCAGCGGGUCUCGGCGCUGCACAAUCCAUAAUCAAGUCGGAGCAAUGCGACGAAAGUAGCGCCUCAGCGCGUACAACAAACAUUCCAACGCUGUUGCAGGAAAUCAUGGAUGUUGAGCAUUUGUGGCAAUAUAAUGAAGCGGAAUUGGCACGUCUUAAUCAACCGAUCUCAACAUCGUCUUCAUCUUCUUCCAAUGCAUCUUCGUCUUCAUCAUCAACAGCGUCCGCAGGUAGUACUGCAACCGGUAAUCCACAAAUGACAAACCCACUAUUGGCCAGCGCAGGUUUUGGCAAUGGCGAAAACACCAAUCCCGAUCUGAUUGCACACCUGUGCAAUGUGGCCGAUCAUCGGCUGUAUAAGAUCGUAAAAUGGUGCAAGAGCUUGCCACUCUUCAAGCAUAUUUCGAUCGACGAUCAAAUCUGCCUGCUCAUCAAUUCGUGGUGUGAGUUGUUGCUCUUCUCGUGCUGCUAUCGUUCGAUCGAUACGCCCGGCGAAAUCAAAAUGUCACAAGGCAAGAAGAUUAGCUUGGCGCAGGCGAAAUCAAGUGGCUUACAGGUGAGCAGCAAGCAAAGAAAUGCCUGCAUUGAACGCAUGUUGAACAUGACAGAAAAUUUGAGACGUUUGCGCGUCGAUCGCUAUGAAUAUGUUGCCAUGAAAGUGAUUGUGCUGCUACAGUCGGACACCAGUGAAUUGCAUGAGCCCGUCAAGGUGCGCGAAUGCCAGGAGAAGGCGCUGCAGGCCUUACAGGCCUACACGCUUGCGCACUACCCAGAUACGCCGUCGAAAUUCGGCGAGUUGCUGCUGCGCAUACCAGAUCUACAAAAGACCUGCCAGCUUGGCAAGGAAAUGCUCACCAUUAAAUCACGGGACGGCGGUGAUUUCAAUUUGCUUAUGGAAUUAUUGCGUGGAGAGCAUUGACAAAUGUGGUUGCAUAGUACGUGCAGUAAGAGAAACAACAACAACAACCCGAAAAUGCAGCAAGGGUAUCAACACAUACAAAUUGCCAGCUGCUCAAGUGGCAAAGUGCAAUGGAUUUAGCCGCUUCGAAAGCUAUUGGUUGUGCUUAAAAUGGCGGCGCGACCAUGUUUUGCUGUUAGUUUUUUUCGGAAAUGUGCCACCAAGUUUCCGCAAGCGUAUCAAACAACAAAAUAUUCGCGACAUGCCGAAUAUAGAACGAAGACAGCUUAAAAUAAAUAAAAAAUUUAAAAGAAAAACCAUUAAAUUAGUGAAUGUUAGAUAUCGAAGAAUGGCAAACAGAGCGUAAACUAAAAUAUUUUAGUAAUUAUACUACGCAUAAGAGUAAUUUAGUAAUCGAUUGUGCAGUUUUAAAUUUAAUAGUAUCUAACAUUUUAGUAUUUUUUUACUAUGCCCAUAAAAAAACCCUAUUUUAUGUAUUUUACGUGCAUUAAAUUAAGUAAUUAGACUAGAGUAUAGCAUAAUACAUAAGUUAGUAUGUAAUUGAAUCAACUUAAAUGAAAAAAAAGAAACUUGAAUAUGAAAAACAUGUGCCUAAAUGAGAAACGUUAAUGAAACUGAUAGAAAAAUGCAACAUAUAAAAAUGAA